CCCCCCCCCCCCCCCCUCUCUCUCUCUCCGACUGUCUCUCUCUCCAAGGUUUUCAUCGCCAAGGGUAGACACAGAUGUCUAUUUUUGGAAUUUGUAGAGGCCAUUUACUCCUUGUUUUUUAGUGUUUUACGCAUUUUUUUUAUUUUUAAAUUUUAUUUAUGUUUUGCGCUCCGUAUUUGAUGUGUCUGGGCAAUUAAUAACCGAAGCCGUGUCGAUUUUCGGGUAUCAAUGGACGACAUUUUCCAACGUGCUUCCCAGCACAUCUCGCUCUUCUAUUUCGUGCAUUUGCAUUUCAUUGAGAACAACGGCAAGUUUUCGUUUUAGAGAUGAAAUUAGGGAAAAACGGUAGACCCCGGGGACGAGAGCAUUUAGGCCUGUAGCGUGGGGCUUUUCACGGAACGGAUCACGGCGAUUUGCGUGGAAACUGAACAGGACGUCUGGGAUUUCUACAAGGCUCCAUGGAUCGGGCGAGAAGAGUCAAUUAGUGAUCAGAUUCACCGAGGUGAGACACUUUGGUUCUUCUCCAAACAAGGAGGUUCCUUAUCGCUGCUCCACCACCACCACCAGUCUGUCGCUCUGCUGACCCUCGCCAGGCAUCAUGGGUACAGUGCUGUCCCUUUCCCCCAGCUACCGUAAGGCAGCCCUGUUUGAGGACGGCCCACCCACAGUGGGUCACUACACAGCAGUCCAGAACAGCAAGAACGCAAAGGAUGCUGCGGCAGCUGCUGCCAAAUCCCUCAAACGCCCCUCCAUCAUCAGUGUGUUGCCAUGGAAACGAAUUGUGGCCGUAUCAGCCAAGAGGAAAGGAUCCAAGAAACUGCAGUCAGACGGGGGCGACGGCGGGAAAGGAUGCUCGCCGGACGCCGAUGACGUCAUCACCUCUAAUUCGGCUUCGAACAGCUCGAAGCUGAAGAAAUCUCAGUCCUGUGCAAAUCUUUCCUCUUACUCUUCCAACCAGGAUCCCUCAGCCACCACCUUGACUACCUCCUCUCACCUCCCCACCUCCAAGACCCUCAUUAAUGUAGCUACAGUCGCUGCGAAAAAGAAUUCCCUAACUGGCUCCGGGAUCCAACCUUCCACUGCGGUUGGUACGCCAAAGCGUGUCAUUGUUCAGGCUUCCACCAGUGAGCUGAUGCGCAGCCUGGGAGAAUUCCUGUGCCGUCGUUGUUAUCGUCUAAAGCGUCUCUCGCCGACCGAUCCCGUGCUGUGGCUGCGCAGCGUCGACCGCUCCCUCCUCCUUCAGGGUUGGCAGGAUCAGGGCUUCAUAACACCGGCCAACGUGGUCUUCCUCUACAUGUUGUGCCGCGACGUGGUCUCCGCCGAGGUGGCCUCGGAGCGUGAGCUGCAGGCCUCGCUGCUCACGUGCCUCUACCUGUCCUACUCCUACAUGGGCAAUGAGAUCUCCUACCCGUUGAAGCCCUUCUUGGUGGAGGCCGAGAAGGAGGCCUUCUGGGACCGCUGCCUGGAGAUCAUCAACCGCAUGAGCGGCAAGAUGCUCCAGAUCAACACCGACCCGCACUUCUUCACCCAGGUGUUUGCUGACCUGAAGAAUGAGAGCAAGAAAGAAGAGGAGAAGACCAAACUCUUUAUAGGCCUUGACCGAUAAAAGGAGGCGGGAAGGAGGAGGGGAAAAAAGUUGGAUGUGGGAACUAAGAUAUGAUAAAGACAGGUGGACUUCUGUAAAGCUACUUUGAUCAAAUGCUGUUGUCUGGCGUCUCCAACGUGGUUGUUAAGAACGAGGAGGCGCUCCCAAAAAAUCUUGCCCUGUGUGUUAAACCUAUUUUGACUGUUAUUGUUAUUGUAAUACCCGCUUAGUGGAUUGAAUUGUCUCUGAUGACUUCUGUGAUCGUUUGGGAUCCAUCAUUUUUAAUGUAUAUUUUUCGGCCAAAAUAAUUGCUAAAUUUGAUCAGAAGCUGUUCCUCGUAUGUUGUUGGAAAGAAAAAUGAAAUGGCAGUUGGUGAUCCUGUUGAAGAGUCACUGAUGGUGUUUAGGUCUCAAGUUAGAAACGCCAGACAACAUUCAUUUAUAUAAGUAUGGAUGAUUAAUAUAAACAUACAGGAUAUUGAUACCACAUUGCAUGAGGUCACAUCAUAAAGUACGUCAUUGCACAUGACCACCUGCUUACUGCCAACUCCACUUAACCUUAUUCCAAUUUUCAUGCAUUCUAAGCUUUUUGCACUCAUCAACACUGGCUGUGAGGCCCACUGUUGAAACUUUAAAAGCAUACGAUCAAAACCAAUAUGAAAUAGUUGUGUUCAGAAGGUACCGUUUUUUUUUCAAAACCAAAUUUGGUGUGCACACGUGAUUUCGUCAGAAAUAUGGCCCAGCAGUAAAUGUUUACAUAAAUCCAUGUAAGAAAAUGCAAUAGAACCCUCUGAUGCAUAUCCAGAUGGGGUUUUAUAUAAUAAGUCCCCAUCCUCCUGCACUUUGGCCAAAUAGGUCCAUAUUGGUGCUGGUUUGAAUGACAACAGGAAAGAAAGGGUUUGAAUGAUUUUUUUUUUUACAAAAAGUGUGAAAGUCCAAAAAAGUGUUGCAAACCACCGGCCUGUUUGAGCGACAGUUAAGAAGUGAAAAACGUGACCUCUUUUUCCUAAAUGCUGCUACCACUUGAUUGGAUCUUAUUGGAAAUGACCAAUAUGCUACUUUAAUCCAUUUCUAGCCCUACAUAGAUUGAUAUUAAUGCAAAUCCAAUUCAAAUAUUUUAUAGUACUUUCUUUGAGAUGGUAGGUGUGCAAAUUGCUAUGUUGAUGAAGCGCUGGAUGAAAACAAUCCCAUAGUGUCUCUCAAUAAUAAGGUAGCCAAACUGUGAAGCCAUUAUUAUUUCAUCCCUUUUUAUACAAUCUAUGCUUCAGACACUAACAUACACCAUCUUCAGCAAAUUGCAUGCGUGCUUGUGUAGUUUUCAUAGGCAUGCUGUUUUAUGCCUGGGGAUUUGCAGAGCACAAAGUCCAAUUUAUAGACAUGACAUCUGGUGACCUUCGGACCUGCUAAUGAACAAAAUGUGCGAAAACAUUGGGCUAUGCUUGGUUGUGUGAUAACGAGAGAACACACACACACAGGGAAUCAUUUUUCAUGUGUGAAGCUCAUUAUCACCCCCAGUUAAAAAGCGGAGUUGUCAUUCCCUUCAAAAUAAGGAAUGAUACAUAUGGGAUGGGCAUUUGAUCAACUAUUAAAAAGCCAUUUUUGAGAUAUUCUCUUUUUCUCCCUUUCUCUUGCUGGCUGAAUGUUCCUUCAUGAUCAUUUUGGCAAGAAAAGGAUCAAAUGUUCCCAAUUUUUUUCAAUCACUACAUCUAGUAAUGACAAAUGUAUUUUUCCCAAUCUUCCAUUUCUUAAAACUAACCCUCUUGUGUCAGAUGCACUAGUCAAUAUCAAACAAUAAGGAAAUAUCAGCCAAGACAUCUAAUGUAAUCAAACUACCCAUUUUUUUUAAAAUUUCCAAACAGGCUGCUAUAAAGGUUGACAGUUGAUCGAUGUGUAUCAUUCUACAGAUUUUGAACCCAAUUGGAAGCGAUGAUUCUGAAGAACAUUUGAAGAACAAAAACAGCACAGGAUCCAUAAAAGCUUAUUAGAAGUGAUGUUUUUGCUCUAGUUUUGUAUUCUGGUGAUAACACAUUGACCAUGCUGCAACAACAAUGUAGCCCAGAUCCAGAAUCUGAACUCAUGUGACCUCAUAUGAUUAUGCAUAUGAAGAAUUGUUCCAUGAUGAACACACUUGACUUUCCUGUUUUUGAUGAGUUGGAUGGAAAACAAGUAGCAUUUCUCUAAAUGACAGCGAUAUUAUCCUUAAUGAUACACGGGGCAGCAUUGUCUCAUUGAGUCAUAUGAAAGCACAUAACAGUGGGAACACAAUAUUUAUAUGCUCAAAUGGUGUAUGUUUGAAUUGUUUCCACAUGUAAAAUUCAUUUACUGUCAAACCCGAUUUGAAUAAGAUCACAGUCAAUAUUAGCCUCAAAUUUGUUAGUAUCUAUAAAUAAGACGCCAUUGCCGGAUCACAUAAUGUUGAUAUGGUUUAUUGUUAUGGUUUACAUUAGAUCAGAUUAAUACAAUCUUUACCAUUUUUUUUUUCAGAAUAUAUAGAUUUGAACAGGUGAAUAGCCAGGGCUGCUGUGGCUUUAGAGUUAAAUGUGAUACACAUACUUUAAUGUGAAAUGUUCUCCAGCACAUAUGUCACAGAAAUGAUUACGUUGUACCAUGCAUAUGUAGGAAAGAGUGAUUGAUGAUGUGCAAAAGAUAUUGUGAUUUUUUUUUUUCCUCCAGAAUUGAAUCCACCUGCUUUGGUGCAAAAGACACAAAGAAAGACAAUGUUUAAAGGACUACUUAUCUUCUGAGAGGACUGGAUUUGGAACAGAAGACUUGGUUAACACCCCUCCCACUCCUCCCAAUCACGUCUCAUCAAUUAUGUGCCAUAUUUUAUCUUGCAACACGUACAAGACAAAAAAAAAACUAUUGUGAAAUGAUGAUGAUAGACUUACCGGUAAUAUCUUCUUUUUUUCUCCCCCUUCCAUUUGUGAAGCAUAUUGUGUAACAAGAAUCUUUGUUCAAGUUUAAUGCUACUAGUGUUACCAGAAUACUGAUGCUGCAGUCUGUUACUUUGUGGAUGUAUGAAUAUGUAUGCAAGAAAGAACAAAGUGAUCAGCUGUUACAAGUAAUUUGUAUAAAAACAUUUACAAGCAAUUUGGUUUGUACUCAUUUAAUAGUGGUGCAAACACACUUUGUUAAAUUGUAAGUAAAUAUACAGAACAGUCAUUCAUUCAACUAGAGCCUGACUUAUAGACACAAAAAACAACUUAAUGAAGUUGGGACUGUGUAAAAUGUAAAUAAAGACAAAAUACAAUGA